AUGGCUAACGUCGCACUGAUUGGAUCUACGGGCAUGGUGGGCUCUCACAUCCUCACCAGCCUCCUCUCCAACGAUGGCGUGCAUCGCAUCGACACAAUCUCCCGUCGAACCCCCCAAGCAGCCACGGCCGCUCCCCAGACCAAGCUCACGACCUUUGUAUCGGACGACACCUCGAAAUGGGGCGCGCAGCUCUCGGCACUGACACCCACACCUGAGAUCUUCAUGUCCGCCUUCGCGACAACACGCGCAAAUGCAGGCGGCUUUGAGAACCAGCACAAGAUCGAGCACGGACUGAACGUCGAGCUUGCACGGGCUGCGCGCGACGCCGGCACCAAAGUCUACGUUUUGAUCUCUUCGCAAGGUGCAAACAAGACUUCCAAUAUUCCUUACUCACGCAUGAAGGGCGAGAUUGAGGAGGAUGUGAAAGCGCUUGGAUUUGAGCGGACUGUGAUUCUGCGCCCUGGUUUGAUCUCGGGGACCCGGGAGGAGAGUCGUCCCCUAGAGGCUGGCAUUCGGUAUAUUGCGGGAUGGGCAGGGAAGCUUCAUUCGAGCUUGAAAGAUGGAUGGGCUCAGGAGGCGGAUGUUAUUGGUAAGGCGGCUGUUAAUGCAGGAUUGAAGGCCUUAAGAGGGGAUAUUCCUGACGGUAGUGAGAAGGUGUGGACUAUUGAGGGGAAGAGCAUUAUUGCUCUUGCUAAUGAGUCUUGA